UCCGGCAACAGCAAAGAGACCAAGUCUUCCUCCCCCGGCGCGCGCUCCCUCUCUCACUGUUUUUUUUGGAAGCUGAACUUUUAAAGGAAAAUGGGGCAUUGAGAGAGUUGGCAGAUCUCCCCACGCUAUAAUGGCUACUGACACCUACCUGGUGAACGACGAUCCCACCAGAGGCCCAGGGAUGCCUGAAUGCUUCCUCGUGUCUGAUACGUACAGGGAUGAAUUCCACCCCUUCAUCGAGGCCCUGCUGCCCCACGUCCGCGCCUUCGCCUACACCUGGUUCAACCUGCAGGCCCGCAAGCGCAAGUACUUCAAGAAGCACGAGAAGCGCAUGUCCAAGGAGGAAGAGCGCGCGGUGAAGGACGAGCUGCUGGGGGAGAAGCCGGAGAUCAAGCAGAAGUGGGCCUCGCGCCUGCUGGCCAAGCUGCGCAAGGACAUCCGGCCUGAGUUCCGCGAGGACUUUGUGCUCACCAUCACGGGGAAAAAGGCCCCCUGCUGUGUGCUGUCCAAUCCCGACCAGAAGGGCAAGAUCCGCCGCAUCGACUGCCUGCGCCAGGCCGACAAGGUGUGGCGCCUGGACCUGGUGAUGGUCAUCCUGUUCAAGGGCAGCCCCCUGGAGAGCACGGACGGCGAGCGGCUGGUCAAGUCGCCACAGUGCACCAACCCUGGCCUGUGCGUGCAGCCGCACCACAUCGGAGUGUCCGUCAAGGAGCUGGACCUCUACCUGGCCUACUUCGUCCACACGCCAGAAUCCGGACAAUCGGACAGCUCCAGCCAACAGGGGGACACAGACAUCAAACCACCGCCCAAUGGGCACCUGAGUUUCCAGGACUGCUUUGUCACCUCGGGGGUGUGGAACGUGGCAGAGCUGGUCAGAGUGUCGCAGACACCCGUAGCCACGGCGUCAGGUCCUAACUUCUCAUUGGCUGACCUGGACAGCAGUCCCAGCUACUACAACAUCAACCAGGUGGCUCUGGGGCGGCGCUCGCUCACCUCCCCUCCUUCUACCAGGUCUGAGGUGGAGUUGUACGCAAACCUUCCACGGAGCUCUACCAAGAGGAAGUCAUUAGACGACAGUGAGCUGGAGAGUCCCACGGAUGAGGUUUUCUACCCGGGACGCUCGCCUGCUGCCAGCUCCUCCCAGUCCAGUGCGUGGCCCAACGACAUGGAUGCAGUUCAGCAUCAUUUGGCGAGUGUGCAGGAGAGGAAGAUAAAACAUGAAAACGAUGGCGUGCAGUUUCCUUACCAUGGACUGUCCUCGCCUGGUUCACUUAAGAAGCCGGGGAAGUUUGAUUUCAACGCCCUGACUUCCCAGACGAGGUCCCCCCGCAUGGCGUUCACACACCACCCGCUGCCUGUGCUGGCAGGAGUGAGACCAGGGAGUCCCCGGGCCUCAGCCUCAGCUCUGCACUUCCCCUCCUCCUCCAUCAUCCAGCAGUCCAGCCCGUACUUCACCCACCCCACCAUACGCUACCACCACCACCAGGACCCGCUUAAGGAGUUUGUGCAGUUUGUGUGCACCGACGGCUCAGGCCAGCCCAGCGCACAGCCUAAUGGAGGUGGCCAGAGCAAAAUGCCGGGCUCCUUCCUGCUGCCCCCGCCACCCCCGGUGGCACGCCCUGUGCCCCUCCCCAUGCCCGACUCUAAAAUCAUCAGCACGCCCACUGACGGCGGACUCAGCUCACCCGCAUCUCCGUCAUACUCCACGCCAGGCUCCACAGCUCCCCAACCGGUUUGUCGGCAUCGGAACACGGGACAACUUUUCUGAAUAUCCCCCAGCAGACUCAGUCCUGGUUCCUCUGACGAGGCCUCUGAACCAAGAGCUAAAAUUGUGUCAUGAAAAUUGGAAAUUUGAAACACAAACACAUCACCGCUGAUUAAGAACAGAAUGCUGACACUAGAAGGUCUUUCUCUCUAGCCAACACUAUUCAAAGUACUACUACAGAACAAAAGAAAUACAAAAAGGACCCACACCAGCCCAAGUGGACCCUAACACCAUUUGAACGUUCAACCCCCCCCUUUGUGCAAGAGGCUUCGAUGAGAUUGAGUGGACAGACUCGGAAUGCAAGGAAGAGGAAGAGGAGGAACUGCCUCACACACACACACACACACACACACACACACACACACACACACUUCACCAAUAUCGGAAAGGAAACACAAUAUCGCAACCUGACAAAUGACCAAUCAUUCAUUUAUUGUUCCUUUUAUAUAUAUAUAUAUAUGCUUUAUUGUCUCCAACUCCAUGGAAACUCCAUGCAUUGGCCGGCACAUCCCGAAAGAAACAAACCGUAGUGGUGAACGGCGAAGUUGGAUGUGCAAGUUUCAAAAAGAUCGCCAUCCAAAUUAGUUCCGCCUCCACGUCUGUGGAUUUCCCAUCCGACCGCCACCGCCCCGCCUGCAGCUCAGCGCCCCGCCUCUUCUUGUUUGCCAAUUGGCCAAUCACGGUGACGCCAUCCGACGGUGUGACGUACAUGCAGUAAGUGGCUAGUCUGUGUGUACCUGUCAGAAGUACCAAGGCGUCCUGCUGCGGGGUAAGCGAUGGCCGCGAGGCGUGAACACGCGGCACACGAUCAUAACACUAACGCUACAUGUGCCGUCCCCCCCCACACCUCCUAUGCACUAUUAAUUUUUGAUAAAGGAUGAGCGGUAUUGCACGUCGACGGUCCGAUGAGCGAUUAGAGAAGCGAGUCGAGGCUGUGGCUGCUCUUACGGUGGAUUCUAGGCCCUGUAACAUGCAGCACACGCACACAUGCACACGCACAAACACAGGUGCACACUUGCAGACAGCACAACAGUCAUUUCAUCAUCUUAUUAUUCAAAUUUCAUUUUCAGUAAUGCACUCGCAUCAUCGGCUUCAUAUUAUUGGCUAUUAUUGGCUUUAGGUGUUUUUUUGUGAUUAUUUCUUUUUUUUGGGGCCAGAUUUGUUUUUUGUCGCACUUGGAUUGUUUUAAACUUCUCUUGCAUGUCAUAACACUCUUUCAUUUUCCAUAGUUUGCAGCGUUAAAACGGAUUUCAGCUUAUCAGUAACAUUAGUUUCUAAAAUCUCUCGCGUAUGGACAUCACAGUAACAACAGCUCAUCACAUGCAGCCCUUGCAUUGCUUCAUCCCUUUAACCCCAGAGGACUACACACACACACACACACACACACAAACCACGCACAAAUAGAAUGCACUCUAACACCACCAACAACUUGACAUAAAGUAAUAAAGGGAAUCCUUUAUAUUUGGUUCUCCAGACUGCCUUUGUUAAUGGUUUUUCAUUCACUUAAGAUUUGUCUUUUUUAAUUUGACAUAUAUAUUUUUUGUCUACGUCAAUGUUGACAUUGAAAUUUGCCAUCGCUAUCAUUCUCACCAUGACACAAUCCGACAAAAGCCAGCCUCACAAAAUAACUGGACUGCCUAGCUGUUCUAUUUUGCAGGGAUAGUAAACGGGGCUUGGAUGUCGCUCUAAGCCGCUCUAGUAACAUUAGCUCUAUCUACUAAAACCAUAUAUCAAGACUAUAACAAUAUAUGAAAGUGCCUCUGUAUUCCCUUCAUUCAAUUAGUAAUAAACUCACUUCAGGUUCUCUUCCCACGUAUAAGCUAAAGCUAUGCUGAAUAGCGUUGGUGCUUGUUUAAACAAUCGGCCGAGGACAGAUCUUUAUAGAGGACUGCAAACCUUUUUCCUUUUGUUUUUUUGUAAAGACAGAGAGAGAGAGAGAUCUUAUACAUAUAUAUUUACAAUAUAUACUCCUUUUUAACUCUUACUACAUGAGCUGAUUGGCAGUCUAGUUAUUUUCUGACCAACUUCCACCGCACCCCCUUCGCGCGCGCACACACACACACACACACACACACACGCAACUGUUUCAGUGAUAUCUGCUCACUGUUACCAGUACGAAUGAAACGGCACACGCCAUGGCCAUCCGCAGCGCAGCAUCGUAACGACUAAAUGAACGUGUCAAAAAGAAUUGACAAUAGGUUUGAAGAAAAAAAAAGUGUUUGUUUUUUGAUGGAAAGUAUUAUUAUUGAAAAAUAUGUGUCGAUUGAGCCACGUGCAAUGCAUUGGGUAGAUCAUUGUGUUUGUCUGUUAGAGAUUUUUAAGAAAGCUAAGAGAAAAGAGAAAAAAAAUGUAUUUGUUUCAAGUCCGUAAGCACCGGGACUCUAAACCAAGGGGCGACGAAAAAUCCUAGUCUUUGUAGGUUGGGGGUAUUUGUUUUUAUUUCCUUUGUCUCUUUUUUAUGUUUUAUGUGUAAUCAAUUGUUUAUAAAAAAUGUGGGAGGGCUUUAGAAAAAAAAGAAAUUCUACACAACUUUGGGGAAAAAUAUUCUCUAUCAGAUGAAAUUUGGUGCUUUAACACUAUAAAGUACAUUCAAACCUAUUGUACAUGAAUGGUAAUGAACAAAAGUAACAGACCAUUUAGGGAACCGCAUUAUUCCUCUCUAUUUUUAUUCUUCUUCUAUUUGUAUAGAGUGGGGGGAGAGGUUCCUAAUCCCUAAGGUUGUGACACAAAAGGCAUUUUGGUUCAACCUUUUAGAGAAAACGAACAAACUGUCAAGAAACACGUGUGACGACUGCCUGAAAACGCACCAGCAAACAACGACAAAUCGACCCGCCCAAUUCAACUCAUUUUUUUAUCUCACACAUGAGCAUAAACACACAUCCAGACCUCUUUUAUGCCCACUAUCACGCUUCUGGAUCUAGAGCCGGAUAAAGUCCACCCGGGUGAGUUGGCACCCAUGUGCAAUGGAAAGAGUAACAGGUCAGACGUUUGGCUUCCUGCGCACAUAGCAGACCACAUAAGGGGUAAUAGAAGCUUGAAAAGCCGAAAAAGAAGUGAGAUUGAAAGUAUUUCUAAAACAGGUGAGCCUCUCCCCUGUUCAGCCCCCCUCCUCUGUAAAUUACUCUUAUAGUGCUCGUGCUGUAGUGUAUAGUUUCCCAGCAGUUAAAGGUUGUCCCUUAAAAGUGCCUUUUGUUCACAGACUCCAUUUUGUAAUCCAGAUCGCCCCCCCCCCCCCCCACUGGAGGGAACCGGGUGGGCCUGAGUGCUGCGAGGGGGCCCGAGGUCAGCGCUCAGGGACGACUUUUUAUUUCCUGCCGCCUUCCAAAAGAAUCUCCCCCCUUGUACCACCCCUAUAUCCUCUCUUCCUUUUCAAAGGCGGAUGUGUGUGUAUAUAUAUAUAUACACACACAUGUGUAUGUGUAUAUAUCUAGUACAAAAGGAAACUGGUGUGAAUUAGUUCUUUACUUUUUAUUGAUGAAUGACAAAAAAAAAAAAAAAAAACCUUUUUGGAAAGGCAAAAAAACUUGUUCUCGUUCAGGUCUUGCUUUUUUCUUCCCCUCUGUCUCCGCUGUCUUGUUUUCUCUUAGACACUGGGGUAGUCUGUAACUGUGUGUCUGCCUCUCUCCCCCUCUGUCUCUCUCCCCCGUCCUCUCCGCUGUUGUGGGAGGGCGGGAAGAAAAGAAAAAAAAAAUUAUUGCCGAAAAAACUUUUGUCCGAGCAGAAUGCAGUUAGCUCACAUGUUAUUCUUGUCUGUACGCUUCACAUUGUAUUACCAUACCCAUCUUCUUCAGCUUCUCCAUUCAACAGCUAAUGUAAGUGAACAAAUUACGCUGACGGGCUUUUGGGGGUGUCCUUGGGUGGGCUAGGAAAAGGACGACUGGGGUUUGGGUAGAGGGUGGUACCAACUGCUCCAGGAUGUUGGAAAGGGGCUGCUUUGAGUAGGAUAAGAGUUUAGCUAUUUAUUUUUUGCCGUUGUUUAAUUCCCCCUAUUUUUUAUUUUGGUUUCAUUUUAAUUUGGAUUUCUUUCAAUAUUUGCUAUCGGGGUAUGCUGUCGUUUAGGCUCUCUUCAAGGGACGCCUUUGGACUGUAAAUGAAAGCUGCAAGCACCUUAUAAACGGACUUGUCCUGCACGAGGCUGAAAGAGGGUGUCUUUUCUGUAUUUCCAGGAUAUAUCGACAUCCAUUCAAACCAAUCUCAUAAAGUGAAGUAUUAUUGUUCGCCAGGCCAAGCAGUAUUAUCCACUUACAACCAGAUCGAUUAAAAAGGCCAGCGUGAACCAGGUCCCUCCGAUAUUGGAGGAAGUCCCUCCAUUAGUCUCCUCUGAACCACCUCAUGCCGGACUGCUCUGUGUCUUUGUUCUGUCGUUCUUUUUGUUCUCUUUAUCUUCUUCGGCGUGCGUGUAUGGUUAUCGGUGUAAUAGGCAGCACCCUAGGCCCUCUGACCCCCAGCUCUUUUGCACCUCAGUGCAGCACCACUUCUUUGUGAGAACACCCCCAGAGCUCUAGGUGAAAUGCAUGUGUUAAUUACAGUUUCUUUUCCAUAAGAAGAAAAAUACAGUUUGAGAAGAGCAGCACCUGAUUGAAUAAAAAAGGAUGUUCUUGACUGUA